GCUGAUUGGCUAAGAAGUUUGAGAAAUCUGAAGGGGUGGUAUGUGCGUGACCAAGUGUGCAGCACCUAGCUAACUCCUGAAAUAAAGCGUUAGCUGUGGGGUCCCAUUGCUUAGGUUCUAGAAACCGAAGGUGUCCACCGGAUAAGUUUUGUAUUUACCAAUUUAUGGAAAUGAAUAUAAUCAAGAUAUUCACCUGGAAGUAAGCCUUACAAGACAAGGAUUUUAUAGACUUAUUCAUUCCGUGUGUGGCGUCAAACCGUCAUUCUACAAGAAGCGUAUUUAUAUUUUAUAACGCCUGCAGUCACAGUAAGACCGCGGCAACCUGACAUUUGCGAUGUCAAUGGAUUAAUACACAAAACUGAAUGGAAUUUAUAACAAUUGCUUUCAUUUUAUUUAGUGGCAGAAGAAUUUUUCUUUGUCUUUAAAACCGUAGAAACUCCGAUCUGUGUGGAUUCUAACUGUUAAGAUUCUGUGUAGUACUCUUGUUAUACUGACGGCAAAUCUUUUGAUCAGAUCCGCCGGAACCGUGUCUGAACCCUUGGCUAGCCAUCCGACGAGACGUUUAGUUUAUUGUGACCUACUGAAAAGAAGAGGAUACUCGCAUAAUUUUAUGACUCUACUAAGGACGUUGACCUCAGCUGGAAGUAAUACUUCAUCAUUAUAACAAGAAUGUUUUUUUAUAACGAUGAAAAUAAAGAAGAGUUCUCGAUUCAGAUCCAACCGAAUUUUUCACGCACUGAUUAAUAAGGAUUAAAAGAAGAUUUAUGGUGUUUUUAUAUGGGUCGAAACGUUAAGCUUUUCUUGGCCCGUUGACGUUUGUUUGGGUCAAAGAGGAGUAAUAAAAGUUUGUCAUGAUGGCCAUCAGAGAAUAUUGGAAAUAUUUUUCUGUGAUUCAUUUACUACAUUUUAUUAUAGUUUUCCUGGAGUGUAACGGAGAAUAUCUUCAAGAAUUCGAAAUUUCCGAAGGAGUGGGCAUUGGUACAACAAUUGGAUUCAUAGGGCAAAAGAUUUACCGUAAUCCAAAACCGCCCCAACCACCAUAUUUGAUUGUUCCUGUGCCUGGAAGUGCGGUUGAUUCUGAUCUCCAUAUCGACCAAUCAACUGGUGAGAUUAGAACGAGUAUUGUUUUGGACCGCGAGAUGCGCAGUCAUUAUUCUUUCGUUGCUAUUCCUCUGAGCGGAGAAAAUAUUCGAGUCACGAUUAAGGUGAUCGAUGAAAAUGAUAAUGCCCCACAGUUUCCAACUCCGAUGAUGACUAUUGCUUUUCCAGAAAAUACUCCGCGUGACGUGAAGCGCACACUGAAUCCCGCCAAAGAUCGUGAUCUAGGAAUUUUCAAUACUCAAAGAUAUGAAAUUAUAUCUGGAAACAUAAACAACGCAUUUCGCCUCUCGUCACAUCGUGAAAAAGACGAUGUGUUGUAUCUUGAUCUACAAAUUAAUGGCUUUUUGGACCGUGAAACAACACCUUUCUAUAGUUUAGUGAUUGAAGCAUUUGAUGGUGGAAUCCCGCCGACCAAAGGUACAAUGAGGGUAAAUAUUACUAUUCAAGAUGUGAAUGAUAAUCAGCCAAUAUUUAAUCAGAGCCGUUAUUUUGCUACUGUUGCUGAGAAUGCAACUAUUGGUACUAGUGUGUUACGAGUCUUUGCUACCGAUACUGAUACGGAUGAAAACGGAAAUAUUUCUUAUUCUAUAAAUAGGCGCCAAAGUGACAGAGAAAAAUACUUCGUGAUCGAUUCUAAAACCGGUGUAAUUUUUGUUAAUAAACCAUUAGAUUUCGAAUCCCAUGAUGUGCACGAAUUAGUUGUUGUAGCACAAGACAAUGGAGCUCAGCCUUUGGAGACCACAGCUUUUGUGUCCAUCCGAGUCACAGAUGUUAAUGACAACCAACCAACAAUCAAUCUCAUCUUUCUGAGCGAUGACGCCUCUCCAAAAAUUUCUGAAAGUGCGAGUAUUGGAGAAUACGUUGCGAGGAUUAGUGUGAAUGACCCCGAUUUAAAAGAAGAAUAUGCAAAUAUUAACGUAACUUUAGAUGGAGGCAAUGGUCAUUUUGGGUUGACCACACAAGAUAACAUAGUUUACCUAGUGGUAGUUUCUCGUCCAUUAGACAGAGAGAUCAAACCCACUUACACAAUGACCGUCAAAGCCACUGACCAAGGAAAUCCUCCACUGAAUACUUCUCGAGCAUUUGAACUAGCAGUUACCGAUACGAACGACAAUGCUCCAGAAUUUGAUCACACAGUGUAUUAUGCAAAUGUGCUGGAAGUUGCAGAUCCCGGGACGUCGGUAUUUCAUCUAUCUGCUGUGGAUCGCGAUGAAGGAAACAAUUCUGAGAUCGUAUAUUCUAUUAAAGAUACGCCACAAACAGACUCAAAAUGGUUUCAGAUUGAUAACAAAACAGGUCUUAUCACUACAAGGAGACAAAUCGAUUGCGAGACGAACCCUACUCCCCAGGUUGUAGUGGUGGCUUCUGAUGGAGGGUCACCUCCCUUAUCUUCCAGUGCUACUGUCAUAGUGACGAUCAGCGAUGUCAACGAUAACGAGCCUAUAUUCGAUCAAAGUUUUUAUAAUGUAACAAUUAAGGAAGACGAGCAAGUUGGAAAGUGUGUGCUAAAAGUGUCCGCUACUGAUCCCGAUUGCGGAGUUAAUGCAAUGGUGAACUAUACCUUAGGCAGUGGGACUGGACCACUGGUUUAUAAGGAUUUCACUAUCCACGUGGAUCGUGGUGAUUUGUGUAUCAAUAGGACUUUGGAUCAUGAGAAGCAAAGCUUCUAUGAGAUAUCUGUUUUCGCUACUGACAGAGGAGGUCUGAGCACCACAGCCAUGAUAAAAGUACAGGUAAUAGACGUGAAUGACAAUCGGCCUAUUUUUUACCCACGUGAAUAUAACGUUAGUCUUCGAGAACAAGUCAGUGUUUCGUCGUCUGUUGUUGUCGUAGUGGCCAGUGACUCAGAUUCAGGCAAUUUUGGGCGUAUCACCUACAGCAUAGUGGAUGGGAAUGGUUCAGGGCUUUUCAAAAUUGAUGAAAAUACUGAUAACACCGAUGUCAGGUAUUCCAUUUAUUCCGGAGAUCCUGAUGAAUACUUUAAUAUUAGCCCAACUACAGGAGCCAUCACCACUAGAAGAACACUUGAUCAUGAGAUACAUUCCGUUCUUCUGUUGAAUGUCCAGGUAACAAGCGGUCAACCUCCAUCUUAUGAUCACUCUCAGGUGAAUAUUACCAUCAGAGAUGUGAAUGAUAAUGCUCCCCAGUUCAAGAGUACAUCUUUUAAGAUUAGCGUUCCUGAAAACACUGAUCUUAACAUUCCUAUAUAUGUAGCUCAGGCAGAUGAUCCGGACAGUGAGGCCAAUGGUGAAAUUCAUUACAGUAUAAUCCAGAAUUCGGAUGACCUGUUCAGCAUAGACAAUAAUAUCGGUACUGUAUCGCUACGGAAAAACCUCGACUACGAAAUACAACGUCAAUACAUUCUGAUGCUACGAGCAGUAGAUUCUGGGGUGCCAUCACUGAGUUCUACAAUGACCCUUACAGUAGAUGUACAAGAUGUAAAUGACAACAUCCCUGAGUUUGAGAAGCCAGAUUAUCAAGUUAAUAUCCUGGAAUCACUGCCCAUCAAUUCGCAGUUUCUGCAGGUCACUGCAACGGAUAGAGACACUGGAAACAACGCUCGACUAUCUUAUAAACUCACCAGUGGAGAUCAAGAAAAAUUUGGCAUAUUUCCAAAUAACGGAUACCUUUAUCUCAAAGAUACUCUGGACAGAGAGGUUAUUAAUAGCUACACUCUCAGUGUCCUAGGGGUGGACAACGGUGAUCCACCUCAAUCUGCCAGUGCAACUGUGCUUGUUCGAGUCUUAGAUGCCAACGACAAUAGUCCACAGUUUGUGAAAAAGAAAUUCCUGUUCACAGUGGAGGAAAACACGGAAAAGGGAAGACUUGUCGGAACUGUGGCCGCUCAUGACAAGGAUUUAGGGAAUAAUGCUUCCUUGCGCUACAGUUUAUUGUCAUCAAAUUCCAGUUUUCAAAUAAACCCAAUCACAGGUGAAAUUUUCACUAAACUAACAUUAGACAGAGAAACCACAUCCACUUACGAGCUUAUUGCAGAGGUGCGCGACCAAGGAUCACCAUCACGAUCAAACCGUGCAGUAGUGACAAUUGAGGUUACAGAUAAAAAUGACAACGCACCAGUGUUUGUGGAACCUACAGAUAAAGUGGUCGCCGUACGUGAAGAACAGCCAGUCGGGACUGAAGUGGCACAAAUCCAAGCCACAGACGCCGACGAAGGAGAAAAUGCUUCUAUCACAUAUGUUGUUAUUCCAGGCACUGAAAAAAAUGAUGGUUCAGGAGUGUUUGCAAUCCACCAAAAACGAGGUGUCAUCACAACAAAAGUUAUACUGGAUCAUGAGGAACAGAAUGAAUACGUGCUUACAAUAGUGGCUCGUGACAAUGGCUUAUCUACUCUGGAGGCUCAACUUCAACUUACGAUUAAGGUGGUGGAUCUCAACGACAAUCGACCAACCUUUCCAACAUCCACCUUAACUUUCCGUAUUCCUGAAAACUUACCCAUCGGCGAAGAAGUAGGGUUAGUACAAGCUGUUGACCAAGACGGUGGUGAAAAUGGGCGAGUUACUUAUUCUAUUAUUAGUGGAAAUGUGUAUGGCAUAUUUGAUAUAAGCAAAACAACUGGAGCGUUGUUUACUGUUGGUGAAGUGGACUAUGAAAUGUCAUCUGAAUACACAUUACAGGUGAAGGCACUGGACAGUAGCACAACAAAUCCUCGCAGCAAUGUGAUGAGUGUUAAAGUGUAUAUUACAGACAUAAAUGACUGUAUUCCAACGUUUAAAACAGAUCCGAUCAUAUUUUCUGUCCCGGAAAGCGUUGAAGAAGGCACAUUGAUAUGGAAUUUUAGUGCUUCAGAUGAAGAUAGUGGAGUCAACGGUCAGUUGAAAUAUGCCAUUAGUCAUCAAUCACCUUCGAGCAUCUUUAGGGUGGACAGCAAUACUGGAGCUUUGACUCUCACGAAGAAACUUGACUAUGAGUCGUUUCCUGAAUUCACAAUUAUUAUAACUGCAACAGAUCAAGCCAGAGAAAUCGAAAAGCGCCUUUCUACUAGUGCUACUUGUAAAGUUAUUGUGGAAGAUGAAAAUGAUAAUAGUCCUGUCUUUCAAACACGUAGUCGCAUUGAUAUUCUCGAGGAUGAACCAGUAGGUUUUCCUCUCGUACACAUUGUCGCAACGGAUGCUGAUUCAAGGGAUAAUGGUCGGGUUACGUUUGUCAUUUCCAGUGGUAAUGAAAAUGGGAAUUUUGCAGUAGAUUAUGAAACAGGAUUAUUGUCAGUAGCCAAAUCAUUGGACAGAGAAAAUCGUCACAUUUAUGAACUUAACAUCACAGCUUUUGACCAUGGCAAGCCAGCAAGGUCAACAUCCCAGAUUAUAAAUAUUCAUGUAGAAGAUAUAAAUGAUAAUCCACCACAGUUUCAUCAACAUACUUACAAGGCAAGAGUGUCAGAAGAAUCACCAAUUGGAACAUCUGUGAUUAAAGUAGAAGCUUUUGACAAAGACUUGGGACUUAAUGGAAACCUGACAUACAUAAUUCCAAAAGGUAUAGCUGAUGGCAAGUUCACAAUCAAUGAACAGUCAGGACGGAUUACUACUGCUGGUCUAUUAGAUCGAGAAGAAAGAGCUCGUUAUUUACUUACAGUUUAUGUAAAAGAUGGAGCUUUUCCAACAUUUUUUGAUUCAGCAACAGUUGAGGUUGAGGUUCUUGAUGUUAAUGAUCAUACUCCUAAUUUUGGGGAAUCCUGUUACUCUCUGCAAGUUCCAGAAAAUAGUGACCUUAGCAUCAUUCAUACAGUGAUAGCUACUGAUUUGGAUGAAGGACAAAAUUCUGAGGUUACCUAUACUAUAACAGGUGGAAACACCAACAAUAAGUUUACUCUGGACCUUCACAGUGGAGAGUUAUCUAGUCAUCCACUUGACAGGGAAGAAAUUUCACAGUACCAUCUUAUCAUUGCUGCUCGAGAUAAUGGAAAGCAAUCUCUCUCAGGCUUUUGUAACAUUUCCAUUACUGUUUUGGAUCAGAAUGACAAUGAUCCUGUGUUUGAGAAAAAUGAGUACCAUGCAUCAGUUCCUGAAAAUGCGUUUUUGAACACCACAGUUGUUGUUGUACAAGCUCAUGAUCAGGAUGAUGGGAGGAACAACAAUAUCACAUACUCCUUAAGUAAUGAAACACUUUCUCUUUUCAAGAUAGAUAGUGCAACUGGUGUGAUCACAACAACUGGUCACUUUGAUAGAGAGAAGAAGUCAUCUUACAUGUUUGAAGUUCGGGCAACUGAUGGUGGACAGUAUGAUGCACGAUCAGAAAGAGCACUUGUGCAUGUGACAGUGCUCGAUGUGAAUGACAAUAAGCCCAAAUUUAUAAGUUACCCAUUUGUGGCAUCAGUGUCUGCUCAUGCCCGUCCUGGCACACAAGUGAUUCAGUUAGAAGCUCGAGAUCUUGAUCAAGGUUCAAAUGCUGAGAUUCGUUACAGUUUUGUUUCCCAGGAUGUUAAUUCCAAGUUUCACCUGGAUAGCAAGAGUGGAGUUGUAACUGUUGCAGAUAGUCUUCUUCCUGAUGCAGGCAAGAUGUUUCAUAUUGAGAUUGCUUCAAAAGAUAAUGGACAUCCUUCUCUUACAGCUUCUGGUGUUUUAGAAAUUAUUGUUGGAAACAGAGGAUUAGUGGCCUCUCUGAAAUUUCAGAAUGAAACAUACAUGGUAGAGCUCCCAGAAAAUCCUCCAACAGGAAUAGAAGUUACUAGUGUAAAGGCUGUUUUUUCUCUCAGUCACCACCAAAAUUCAGUCAUCAAAUACAGCUUUCCAUCAGAAAAUCAGGAAGGAGCAUUCACAAUUAAUUCAAGAACAGGGCUUAUCAAAGUGCGUGAUCCUAAACAGUUGGACUUUGAAUCCACUUCUCAGCAAAAAAUGAUCAUUGUAGCUCGUACAGAUGAUCUUCUUCCUAUGUAUGGUUAUGCUUCCUUAGUUGUACAGUUGGUUGAUCAGAAUGAUAACCCACCCCAAUUUUCUCAAGACCGUUAUGUAUCUUCCGUUUGGGAGGGAAACCACAAAGGGACAUAUGUUACUCAAGUUUCAGCAACAGAUGAAGACAAGAGGGGAAGAGGCACUGUAAUUUACCACAUACUUGAUGGCAACCAUGACAAUGCAUUUGUGGUUGACCCACCUUUCAGUGGAAUUGUCAAAACAAACAUAGUCUUGGACAGAGAGAUAAGAGACAACUAUUUUUUGACUAUCAUUGCAACAGAUGAAGGAGUUCCACAGCUCACAGGAACAUGUUUGCUCAAAAUAACCAUUGUUGAUGUAAAUGACAAUCAACCUGUGUUUCCUCCUUAUAAUGUGGUCAGCAUCAGUGAAGGUGCUGUAGUAGGUACUGUAAUUACAACGAUUACGGCCAAUGAUGUUGAUACAAACCCAGCAUUAAUAUAUAGCUUCUCAAAGAGAGGAAACCCUGGUGGAGUUUUUAGCAUUGAUCGAUUUAGUGGUCGUAUCACUCUUGCACAACCUUUGGAUUAUGAGAAACAAAAUCAGUAUCAGCUUCAGCUCCAAGUAUCAGACUCUGUCCAUCUUGCAAAGACAUACCUCACAGUUCAUGUAACAGAUAUUAAUGAUAAUGCCCCUGUGUUUGAACAACAAUCUUACCAGGUACAGUUACCUGAAUUUGUAGAACCAGGGUAUUUUGUAAUCAAAGUAAAUGCCACUGAUCUUGAUUCUGUAGACAAUGCCAGAUUAACAUACAGCAUUGGGCUAACUCCUGUUGAGGGAUUUUAUAUCAACAAAGAUACUGGAGUCAUCUACACCAACAAAUCGCUUGUGUUCAGUCCCAAGCAACCAAUUAUUCAUUUGGUUGUGACAGCCCAAGAUAGUGGUGUGCCACCACUAACAGCUGUUACUGCUGUUCGAAUCCAGAUUGUGGAUGUAAAUGAUAAUAUUCCAAAAUUUUCUCAACCAAUUUACACUGCUCAUAUUCCUGAGGAUUCUCCACUUGGAACAACAGUACUGAAAGUUUCAGCAACAGAUCUAGAUGAAUCUCAUGCUAAUUACCAGAUCUUCUAUUCUAUCAUCAGUGGCAAUGUUGGAGGAUCAUUUUCAAUAUCUAGUAAUACAGGGGAAAUCUUUUUGGUGAAACAACUUGAUCAUGAAGUUAUCAAGAGGUUCUCUUUAGAGGUUGCAGCAACAGAUCAUGGUAUGCCUACAUUAAAUGCCACAGCAGAAGUUAUAAUCCAGGUAAAUGACAUUAAUGAUAAUCCUCCAGUGUUCAACCAAAGCCAUUAUGAAGUCUUCAUAUCAGAAUUAGCUCCAAUAGGGACCACUGUGCUUCAAGUGUUAGCAGCAGAUCGAGAUGAGACAACUGAUAUCCAUGUUAUUUAUGACAUUACAUCAGGGAACAUAGAGAAGAAAUUUAAGCUCAACUCUAAAACUGGAAUCAUCACACUUGUUGAAACUCUUGAUUAUGACUUAGUGACAGAAUACCGUUUCAUUGUUCGUGCCUCAGAUGGUGAUCCUAAAUACCCACUUUCUGCACUGGCCAGUGUGACUGUUAAAGUAAAUGAUGAAAAUGAUAAUGAACCAUAUUUUCCUCUUUCAUUGUAUACAGAAUUUGUAGAUGAAAAUUCUCCUCUUGGUACCUCAAUAUUUGUAGCACAUGCUAAUGAUGGUGAUCGAGGAAUUUAUGGCAAACUGAAUUAUUCUAUAACAGACAGAGAAGGAAGAGACAAGUUCAUCAUUGGUAUUGAAACAGGAGUUGUUACAACAGGCAUGAUAUUUGAUUAUGAAUCAAAAAGUAGGUAUUACUUUACAAUAAUGGCCAUGGAUAAAGGUGGCAAGUAUACCACUGUUCGAGUUCAAAUAAACAUUCAAAGUAAAGAUGAAUAUCCACCAGAAUUUACACAUAAUUCCUAUCAUUUUAUUGUUCCUGGUAAUGCACCUAAUGGUUUUGUUGUAGGCAUGGUGAGAGCUGUGGACAGAGAUGAGGGUAUUGAUGGCCGUAUCUUUUACAAUUUACGUGAACUGCACAAGAACUUCAAACUCAAUGACACCACAGGAGUGAUCGUUAUCAAAUCAACCUUUAGAUAUGAACAGACAGAUAACAGGAUUGACCAAAAUAUCUUUAAUAAAGUUUCAUCACUCACUGUAGUAGCAGGAAGUGGUAGACCCCACUCACUGACCAGUUCAGCAGUGCUCCAGAUUACUGUUGACAACACAUUAAAUGCAUCAUCAGUUGCAUCAGCUGAAGAAAAAGUAGAAGGAAGUAGUCUUCCUUCAUGGGCAUUAGGCCUUGUUAUUGUUUUAGCUGUUAUUGCAGUAAUUCUUCUUUCUCUUAUUCUUUUCUUGCGCAUGCGAAAUAAGAGAAAUGGUAAACCUGGGGUUAUCCAUGGAUUUGAUAAUUCAUUUGAUACUAUAGAUAUUCGCCCACCUCCGUCAAGUACUUCUGGAAUCUCCCAGUUUCCUCCUCACUACAGUGAUAUUUCCCAUUUUGACCCAACUAAUCGUACACAGCACAUAAAUGGGGCAACUUCGGAGGUUUCAGAGCAGUCUCAUUCUGCAUCUAGUGGUCGAGGAUCUGCUGAAGAUGGGGAAGAUGUAGAAGAUGAAGAGAUUAGGAUGAUAAAUGAAGGACCUCAUCUUCAGCAAAAUAAGAUACAUAGACUUACCAUUCCUGAUUCAGGUAUUCUUCCAGAUGAUGACAAUCUAUCUGAAAUCUCAAUUCAGAAUACACAAGAGUAUUUAGCACGACUUGGCAUCAACACCUCCCAUCCUGAUCCUCGUAAUAUUCAGAACUUUAAUAAGUUACAAAAUGCUCAUAGUGUAGAAAGUAUGCAUAUGUUUGAUGAAGAAGGUGGUGGAGAAGGAAAUAGCAUGGACAUAGGAAAUCUUAUAUACUCCAAACUAAAUGAUGUUGGUACAGAAGAAAAUAAUGCAAUUAUGGAUGGAACAAGAGCAUUUGGUUUUGGGGAUGAAGGUGAACCAUCUAUGAAUGGUUCUCUCAGUUCUAUUGUACAUAGUGAAGAAGAACUUACAGGUAGUUAUAACUGGGACUAUCUUUUAGACUGGGGACCUCAGUAUCAACCUCUAGCCCAUGUAUUUGCUGAAAUUGCUCGAUUAAAAGAUGAUGGUAUUCCUCCAUCAUUUUCAAAUUCUCCAAAGAAAACUCUCAACCCUCAAGUAAAAACUGUGCCCCCGCCACUUAUAACAAGUGUGGCUCCAUGUUCCAUUGCUCCUGUUGCACUCAAUUCAGGACACACUAGUCAGACUACAUCCCUACCAUCUUUACCACGUUCCCCAAUCAGCCAUGAAAGCACAUUUUCUUCGUCAGCAAUGUCUCCUAGCUUUUCUCCUUCACUAUCUCCUCUUGCUACUCGGUCACCAUCUUAUUCACCAUUAGUGCAUCCAGGUGGAACAGUAGCUCCUAUUUCGGGACUGGUAACCCCACAUUACUCUCGGUCUCAGAGGUCAAAUCCUACUACUUCUACUACAUCUUCUGUGUCAGAGACUGAGCUCCAAAUAUGAAAUUUUGAACAUUUAACAUUAUUCAUAACCUUACUAAUUUAUUACUGUUUAAGGAUUUGUGUUUUUUUUUGUUUUUUUUUUUGCAGGCAAAGUGCAAUUGUAUUGUUAAAUAUGUAAACAGAUUGUAUAUAAACCUUACAUGUACUUGUGUUAAUUCAAAAUCACCAAUAUUUUAAGAGUAAGGGGCCAAAAUUUCAAUAACAAUUAUUCGUAAAUAAAAGUUACAAAACAUUAAAAGGAUUUAAGUCUAAAGUUGUAACACAUAUAAGUAAACUGAAAUAUUUUUAUGCCUUUAUGUUAGCUCCCCCCUACCUGUGGCUCAGCAGUAAGUCUGAGGGUUUAUAAUGCUAAAAGAUGGGUUUCUAUACCCAUAGUGGGCACAGCAUAAAUAGCCCAUUGCAUAGCUUUGUGCUUAACAACAAACAAAUCAUUUACUCUAAGAAGCUUAGAAAAUAAGAACAGUUUUAUUUUAUUAGCUGUGUUUACUGUUUUAUUUGUCAUUAUUAUCAUUAAUCUUUUCACCAUCUUCCACACAUCUGUUAAUUACCAAAAAACAAAGGUUAACAAUACAUAGCAAUUUUGUAAUAAACAUCUUAAAAUAGCUUCACUUGAUGUUUAUUACAUAGUUGCUAUAUAAUGUUUAGCAGCUUUGCUUCUACUUUCAGUUUUAUUAUUUCUGAAUCAAUAUGCUUACCAAUUUUCUGAAACGAUCUAAUAUUGCUACUAUUCAAAAAACUGCAAGUCUCGUCAUUUCUAUGAUACCUUGCACUAAGAAAAAUUCAAAACCAGACCUAUACAAUGUCUUACAGUGAUAUAUGUUGUAUGUAACCAGAUUAAAGAGACAUAGUAGAUUCUGCAAACAUAAUUUUUUUUUUAUCAGUGCCUUUUUGUGUGUGUGUUUGUGUGAUACAGUGUGCCUUUUGGCAUUUAUACAGAAUUGUGUUUUAAGGAUACAACUUCACUCCAAAAGAGAACUAAUAUUUUAAAUAUAUUUCAGAUAAAAAUUUCGUCUGGAAAUGAGUGACUUCAAAGUUUGUAAUUUUGAAUAGAAUUGCAUGUUUGCUGAAUGUUUUCGCGUGUGACAGUAUUGAAUAGUUUCACACUUUUGUAAAAACAGUCAUUGUUUGUACAAAAUAAAGAGAGAGUCAUUUAUUGA